CCUAUGCCAAGAAAAAAUUCGUACCAGAAGAGUUAUUUAGAAGAACAGACCCCGUCGUCUCCUCCUGUACUGAUAUUGGUCAACUAAAGCGUGAAAAACAAUGUAUACCCCAAUUACGACACUCUUAAUAUUGCUCAGCUGCGCCCUAGGUACACUUGGGAGCUCCAACGACUCCCUUUCACAACAAUUGUUUGCUAACUACGACAACCAAGUGAGACCCAACCACGGUGGUAAACCAACUGAAGUUGCUGUUGGAAUUUACGUGUCAUCUUUUGCUAAUAUCAAAGAAACAAGCAUGGAAUACAAGGUAUUCAUGUAUUUUCGACAAUUCUGGAAAGACGAGAGACUCGCUGGUAAACUCAACAAAACRAUUUCCCUCAAAGGAUCCGCCAUUUCAAAGGUUUGGUUACCAGACCCUUACUGUCAGAAUGGUCGAGAAUCUGAUCUUGGGGAUUCCGAUGAAGUUGUCAGAAGUUUGUUGUUCGUGGCUCCAGAUGGACAAAUAACAUACAGUCGUUUGGCUAAAAUCACUGCUGAGUGCUUGAUGGACUUACAAAGUUUUCCAGCAGACGAGCAGAAAUGUUCACUAAAYUUUGGAAGCUAUAGCUACCCAACAACUGAGAUGAUUCUAAAAUGGCAGGAAGGUGAYGCGAUCACUGUUGCACUGAAGGACCUUCCCCAGUUCCAAUUCACUUCCAUCGCUACGAGAACCAUCAAUGAGACAUAUUCCAUAGGCAAUUUCUCCUUGAUAACUGUUUAUUUCACCUUCCAACGUCGUCUUGGGUACUUCCUAAUCCAAAUGUAUGCACCUGACAUMUUCAUUGUCAUGCUUAGCUGGAUCGUAUUCUGGAUGGAUCGACGUGAUAUUGGCAAUCGUAUGGCAUUGGGUAUCACUACAAUCCUGACCAUUAUGUUUCUGAUGGGAUCCAUCAAUGAGUCCAUGCCUAAAGUCAGCUACCCCAAGGCUCUYGAUUGGUACCUGAUCGUAUCGUUUGUGUUCAUAUUCUGUGCUUUAGUAGAGUGCAUGAUAGCCUACGGAACUUGCGACACACGCUUGGGAAGAACCAAGGUUACMAUUGAUCUAGAUGAGGAGAGAAAUGAAAAGAAGUACUUGGGGUACUGGGUAGACUUUGUCUCUCGAAUAUCGUUCCCUCUGCUGUUUGUUGUCUACAAUGCGUACUAUUGGUCGGUGUAUUCUGUGUAGGCAUCACUUUAAUGUGUCUACUGAACUCACUUGGAUUCCGUAUAUUUGGUAUAACUAUUCAACGGAAUGGAUCUGGGCACAGACACACUCAAUUUUGCUUGACUGCACAAAAACAAGCAAAUAUAUAUAAUAAACCGAGGGCGCUAGAACUGAAAUUAUGACCUAUGAGGUCGAGAAGUCAGGCAGGUCUAAGUGAUUUUUAAUGCCAUUAAUGAAUAACUUUCCUGACGAGACAGCAGUUACUGGUAAAACAAGGACAGAGGUAUUCAAUUCAGUAACACCAACGUUUGAAUAAUGAUCAUUUGAAUGAGUUUUGUAAAAUCAAGCGCUUUUUAGUGGCUAAUACGACAUAUUCAGGAUACAUUUUAGAUAAGUAAAGCUUUUUAUUAUCGACUAUCAUAGGUUGGAUAAAUUAAGCAAGUUCUCGACCUUAUACGUAGUUCAUAAUUUCUAGCGCCCUUGAACAAACGAGGUGAAAUGGGCCGAAACAACAUGGGACGUUCAUGCCGAGGCCAUACCGUGUCGUGCAUGAUUGUGAUAUUAAGUUCUUACACAGGGGCGUAUACAGGAUUUUCCUCAUGGGGAGGGGUGCGGGGCUCUCAGGAGAGGGAGCACCCCACAGAAAUCAUUACCACGAAGAUACAAAAUAAGGAAAGUAUUGAAGGAUACAGAUCUCAGGAGGGGUUGCGCACCCCCUGCACCAACCAGCUGGAUCCACCCCUGUUAUAGUCAGUUUUCGUCUCGCGUGAAUGCCAGGCAAUGUUUGCCGAAUCUGCUCAAUGCACAGGGGAUGAUCAUCACGGGACGUCGCCUAGAUAGUGAAAUGGGUAGAAACGUUUACAGCAACAUAACGUUGGAAGAAAUAUUCUAACCCUAGAUAACAAGAAAAAAAAAACAGGAAAUACGCCAUUCUGGAGGGCAAAAUUACCACUGGGAUGUUCAAAACAACAACAAAAAUUAAAGUUUGACGGGUUACGCUUCCUUUGCUUUUGAGGUUGUUURCAUUCUUUUGCCCUCAAGAAUGGCGAGCGGAUUUAGUACCAUGUAACCGUUUCAUGCAAAAGGCCUAUUCUUUCUUUUAGUAGUUAUGUAUAAUACAAGAAUAUAAUGCAUGCAACACGUGUGAUCGAACCGUCAAACACUGAAUUAAAUUGUUACGAGGCUUACAAAUAG